AUGUGGAAUUACAAGAAUGAAGAAGGUGUAGCGACGGACCAGCUCACGCGUCUAGGAAGCAGAUUUGCCGCCAGAUCAUCCCUGUAUUUGAGUAUCAUCCUUGUGGUAUGUAACACACACUCUGCACGAUCAUGCCUAAUGAAAGCUUCAAGUCGGUUCUGUGUUCUCAGCUGCUUUCCCAGGAAUCAAACCCCACAUCCUGACACUCACCUCGAAUAUCCAGAUGCUAAUCUAUUCUACAGGGAUAUACUCGGGAUACACAGUGUCAGCAAGCAGACGUGCUCGAACAUCCUCAAGGCGGGUCCAGGAUCAGUGAUCACGAUUGUUGUUGAGGGUGCCGCGGACUUGGAGGGUUUGAGCACACUUCCGGGGACAGCGGAUUUGACACUGAAACGGAGGUUGGGAUUCAUCAAGUUUGCGAUCCAGCAUGGCACCGUUUUUGCCAUUUGGUCUCUGUGUUUUUGUGUGGUGAAAACGAUGUUUGUUUCAUUGUUUCUUUGUCGUCUUUACGAGGCGGAUUAG